UCCGGAUUGGCUGUGCCGCAAACAACGACGACGACAAACCACAACACCACCACACCACAACACCACACCAACCAGCACGACAAGCAAGCAAGCAUGCUGUCUGGGAGCCGAGUGGACAGUGUGCGGGCAUGCCUGGCAGAGCUGGUGCAUGAAGUGCAGGGUGUGGAGGACAAGUCCUUGAGGGAUGCCAUUCUGCAAAAAGUGCAAAACUUGGAAGAGUCCAUCUUCGACACGGAUGACUGGGCCAAAGUAGCACCGGGGGAAUCCGUCUUGAAACUGGCGGUUUUGGGUCUGCCCAUGUCGGGGCAGCAGGAAGUGCUGAACAAGUUCUUGUGCGGGUCUGCAAACGGCGAAGGCCACCACAAGAGCCCCAUGGAGCUGAUCACGGGCAUCAAGGCGCCCAAGGGCCAGAGCUUCGGCAAGAAGCACCGCACCGUCGUCCCUUGCCACGGCGGCAUGAAAACUUUGCUUCUGCGCACAACCACGGGAGACCCAAGCCCACAGGUGUUGGCGUGGGCGGACGCGUUUAUCGUGCUGUUUGACGUGACAUCCCAGGAGAGCCUUGAUGCGGUGCGCCCCAUCUGCGGGAAGAUUUCACGCUACCGCCGCAGCGUCGACCUGCCCAGCCUCAUCGUCGGUGUCGCCGGCCUCAGCGACGACCAGCCGCGGCUCUCAGAGGAGGACGGUACGGCGCUGGCAAACGAGGUCGACCACUGCCUCUUCUUCACACAGGUGAAUCCGUUCACUGGGGAGCGUGUGGACCGGCUGUUCCACGACAUUGUGCACUACGUGGUUGAGUUUGUUGUUCCACAAAACCCGGAGGGCCGCGUUGGGAAGAUGACGACACAGGAACUCAAGCUUGGUCACAUGCACGCCAAGAGCCCAACCGCAAAGGGGAAGGACGUUGUUAGCGGCAUUGGCCCCGGGCGCUCCAUCCCGCUCAAGCAGGGCAUGUUGAAGAAGACGCCGACGCGGCAGAGUGUGAAGGGGAGCACGAAGCGGUGGGUUGCGCUCACCAGCGGGCAGCUCACGUACUACACCAGCCUGCAGAAUUACAUGUCAAACACGCAUGGCAAACACAUUGACCUCUCGCGGGUGACUGUGAAGAUGCCGAUGCGCCCUCGGUCGGCCACGUCGGUGUCCAAGUCCACCCCGCAGCGCAGCGGUGGCGAGCGCUUCCCCUUUUCCGUCGUCUCGCUCGACGGCCGCACGUGGUCCUUUGAGGCAAAGUCCGAACAGGACAGGACAGAGUGGAUGCGGGCGAUUGAGCAGGAAAUACACGCGUGUCUGAACCGCAACGCGAGCGGCGGGGCGAAGAACAACGUCUCCAUUGACGCGUCGUCCUACCGCAUGCUCAGCCAGGAGGACCUCGCCGCCAUUCGCGCUGUUGAUGGCAAUCUGGAGUGUGCGGACUGCGGGGCCGCUGCGCCGACGUGGGCGUCGCUCAACUUUGGUGUCGUCGUCUGCAUCGACUGUUCCGGCGUCCACAGGAAAAUGGGUGUGCACAUAUCGCGCGUGCGGUCGCUUGAAUUGGACGAUUGGAGCCCGCACCAACUCGCCAUCAUCCUCAACAUCGGAAACACAACUGCGAAUCACAUCUAUGAGCAUAACAUCGCCGGCCGCACGAAGCCGUCGUCCGUCUCAUCUGCGGCGGAGAAGGAGGACUGGAUCCGCUCCAAAUACGAACGGCGCGAAUUCGUCGCUCCAAUCAACGACCCGCCAGCACAGGUCCUGCUGUCUGCGAUGCGCAACGACACGUGGCCGCGCGGUGUGCUCGCGCUCGCAAAUUUCAAACCGGAGGAUGUGCAUGUGCAAAUUGACGGCCUGACGCUCUUACAUCAUGCCUGCAAGCUCGGAUCAGCAACGUGGGCACAGAUGCUGCUCUGGGCUGGAUGCGACCCGCAGGAGACGAGUGCAGAGGGGCGCACGGCCGCGUAUUACGCAAAGCAGUCCGGUUCCCGCGAGUGCGCGCAGCUCAUGGCCAGCAGCGGCGGAUCUGUGGUCCGCAACGCCUCUGCCCCGGCCUCCGCCCUGCCGUCAACGGUCUCAACGCCACGACACGCAACGAGCACGACCAUCACCACGCCCGCUGGUGCAAGGUCGCCAUCCACAGCGUCGCGGCCGGCAACAGCAGCGUCAACACCAGCAGCUGCGAUGACUGCGACGACGACGCCUGUGGGUGAUGCUGGUGGUGCAAAGGCGCGCGGCCAAAGCGAUUCCGCCGCGUUUACCCCCACGUUUGCUGAUGCUGACACGACACCAAGCAGACGUGUGCCUGCAGGCAAGAAGGUGUUUGGAGAGUACCUGGAAAUUGCAGCGGAAGGAAACAACAACGGGAACAACGACGACAGCAGCAACGACGAUGAUGAUGGUGAUGGUGAUGGUGAUGGUGAUGGUGUUCACGUGGACUGGGCUGAGGACGAGACGAACCCGUUUUCACCGCGCGCUGCGACGAGAUCAGAGAGCAUUGGGGAGGAGCUGUUGCCACCAGACCUCGACGCCUUCCACCCGUUUGACGACUCGGACGACAAAGGCUCGGACAGCUUUGUGUAAACAUUCUUCUGUGUGUGUGUGUGUGUGUGCGUGUGUGUUU